AUGACUGAGCCUGAGGAUCUCGAGGAGGAUCUCUUCGCUGAUUUGUACGAUGCUGAGGAGGCCACGGCAGCAGCUGUACCGCCUGUCGCUGCAGAGGCACCAUCUCAACUACCACCUUCUACCAAGACGGAUGCAUCCGAAACAUCCAACUCUACACAGCCUGCAGCCACUCAGCAGCCACAGUCUGUCCAAGAACAGAUAUUAGAACCGUCGCCCGCCCACAAUGGGGCCCAGGGAGGAGUAUCGGCGGCUGGAGACACUAAUAGCGGUGGCCAGGCUUCACAUGAAUCAGAAAACCAAGGAACAGGCAUAAAAGAGGAUGGGUAA